GCAGGGCAUCCCAGUAUCCUCUGGGUUCUCCUUCUCUGUUGCCACCUUCCUUGCCCCAAGCAUGAAGAGUUACCUUGGUUUUCAACCUUGGGUUACAACCCCUUUGGGAGUGGAACACUUUCAUAUGGGGUCACUUAAGACCUUUGGGAACACAGAUAAUUGUGAUUCAUAACAGUUGCAAAAUUAUAGUUACAAAGUAGCAAGGAAAAUAAUGUUAUGGUUGGGGGUGAGCACAACAUGAGGAACUGUAUUAAAGAGUCACAGCGUUAGGAAGGUUGAGAAGCACUGAAUUAGCUGUUCUGCUAGGGUGCAGGCCUGCCAUGCUUACUGCCAUGCCUUGCCCCUGCCCUGAACUUGAGUGAGGUCCUCAUUUCCCCAAGGCAUAGAGACCUGUGCUUAGGCAUCUGGGAGAAGUCUGGACUUAGGGAACUGGCUCAGGGAUAGUCCUCUGAUUGACCCCAUGAGAGCCAGCUGUCUUUUAACUCGUCACCACAUUCCUGGGCUUGGAACAUUCAGUCUUAUUGAGUACAUAUGUACAAUAGAGUAGCUGUGAACUUGAGGGACAGUGACCUUUUCUUAGACUCUCUGGAGGGCACAGGUCAGGAGAUGACAGCCAGGGAAACAUUCUAAACCAGAACUGCAGAGAGCUGAGGGCCUUAGGAAAGAUGGGUGCAUGUAGGUGCCGGCUAGUAUGGGAAGAGGCAGCAUCCGGAGUCCUGGAAGCAGCUCCAAGAGUCACUCCUGAGAAAGUGCCCAGUGCAGUACUACGGAUGGAGGCAACCACAGGGCAGUUCAUGAGGGAUGGGCAGUAGCCAGGCUUGUAGGGGAUACUGAGGCUACCUCAGGAGCCCUCCCUUCUGAGGCCACCACGUCUGGCCAGGAGUCAGCUUUUUCUAGAUUACUUCUCAGGAAACGCUUGCUAAACGAGAAAAGAAACAAGAAGUCCAUUAGGGAUACGUGGAGGCCACAGGGCGGGCAUGACUGGGUCACAGGUCAUUGAUUGUGCUUAGAGGUGAGAGGCAUAUACCUGGCUCUGUCCACCUCCAGGCCUGGGGUGGGCAUAGUGGGCAGGAGUUUGAGGGCAUCCCUCCUCUCCUGGGGUCCAUCUGGACUUGAGCUGCCUGUACCUCAGUUUCUUCAUUAGUCACAGGACAGCUGUUUCCCUCAGAUCAUGGUGCCAUUGUUUGCUUUUGCACUUCUUAUCCUGGAACCACCUCAAACUCCAAACACAAACUUCCCGUUCUGAAUUGCUACUGCUUUGCCUUCUGGUCCAGACCAGAGGAGGAUGUGACUAUCCUGUGCAGCCCGAAUUCCAGCCUCGUUGAGCCAGGCACACCAAGAGCUUUCCACCAAAGAAGCCCCUCCAAGCACUGACCAUGUCUAUUAUGGACCACAGCCCCACGACCGGGGUGGUCACGGUCAUUGUCAUCCUCAUCGCCAUAGCUGCCCUGGGAGCCUUAAUCCUGGGCUGCUGGUGCUACCUGCGGCUGCAGCGCAUCAGCCAGUCAGAGGAUGAGGAGAGCAUCGUGGGUGAUGGCGAGACAAAGGAGCCCUUUCUACUGGUGCAGUACUCUGCCAAGGGGCCAUGUGUGGAAAGAAAGGCCAAGUUGAUGACCGCCAACAGCCCAGAAGUGCAUGGCUGAGCUGGGCUGCGAAGGCCAUGGUUCUGUUUGCAGCCGUCCCAGAAGCACAGAGAGGGCAGAAGCAGACAUGUUGCUAUGUGAGAGGGGUUGACACUUGCUGGCAUGGUCGCCUCAGGCUUUGUCAUCGCAUGCACUGACUCCAGGUCCCAGCUCUUCUGGCCUUCCCCCUCAGCCUCCUGGUGGACUGUCCAUUGCAGGCAGUGGGCAGGCCUGACCUUGCUGGGGCUCAUGGCCCCUUAGCGCUUUCGUUACUUGAAUGUUUUAGCUGAGCCUGUUUUUGAUGGAGCUACUACUGUAAUGCGUGAACUAACCAACCUGUGAACUGUAAAUAGGCCCAGAAGCACAUGCUUAAGCCUUUUUGCCGAUUUUUAAAAAUACCAGAUGGACUGGCAUGAUAAUGAUUCUACUCAUGUGCACUGAGGUAUGACCAUGGAGGGUCUUCGACUGGUCUUGCCCCAGGUGCCCUCGGCAGGGUGCACUGAGGUCUUAGCUAUGCGUACGGAAAGGAGGUGAAAGGUUAAGAAGCUGGGAUGCUGGGGUAAUUUCAACUUGCUUAGUAAUGGAGAAAACCACACCCCUCCCCUUCUUUAGCUUCAGCUUUGUUAAAUAACUGUGUAGACGGCAGAGCUACUGCAAGGAAGCUGUUGCACUUGCUUGGAAGCCUGUGAAGGACGAGACCUCUUGAGUCCCGAGGGUUGCCAGGCAGCUUAGCAGAGCAGUCUCUUGCCCUUUGGUUUUGAGCAUGCCCAAUACUCCCCUUCAGCACAGGCUUUGCAGAAACUGCUCUGGUCCUCUGGAAACACCAGAGCCUGUGGUGGCUACUUGAAGUCUGAAACCCAGAAGGCGAGGUUUUGUUUUUGUAUUUAAUAUUUUCUGCACUGGAAUGGGGGUUGGGGAUAGGGGUGGCUUUCUCCCUCACCUUUUCACAAGUGAGCUUCCUUUCUUCUCCAGUGGGUAUUGGGUUUCACUUUGAUCCUUAGGGCUUUGUAGACAGAGCUCCCUGACCCAGCUCCCAAGACACUAUGUGCCAUAGAAGGUAAUUUCUAGUAUGCACAUAGCAUUUACAGCAGUCACCAGGAGUUCAAGUUGAGGGCCUGGUUCUCACAGGUAAGGGAGCCAGCAGCAUGUCUCCAGGUUAUUUCUUAUGUCUAUAAGCUUGCUCAGAUGUUAGUCCCACCACCAUAAUAAGCAUUCUAAACCAUUAUGAUUAAACCUGACUGCUGGCACCCUUGGUGAUGAAUAGGUGGCCAGCUAGCCCUGGCAGCAGAGAGCUUCAGGUUAGUCUGGAGACAGCUUUAAAAAGCAUGUGGAACUAAUCCAUUUUCUAGAACCCAAGGGAGGAGCUGUAGGGAACACUUAUAAGCAGUUUAUACCAAUAUGGGGUCGGGGGAAGCAGAUGUUAAGAAACAGUCUGAGGUUACACAGGAAGGUAGUCAAGGAUGGACUGGCCAUAGGCAGAGGCUGCUAAGGCUGGCCUGGAUGUGUGUUAGACCUGGGAGCAGUGACUCACUCUGUAGGUAUAGGAGGGGAACAGAAAUAUCAAAGGAUCUGCCUGGAGUUGUCUGAGGCGGAGGGGUCUGACCCAUUCCCACCCCACAUCUACCUUUCUACCUCUACUGCUUGCAGCCAGCAGCCUAAACACUGCUGAUCCUUUUCUCCACCAUCCACGGAUCCAAGGCCAGCUCGGAUCUAUACCGAAGUGUGAGCCUGUUCAUCGCUGUACUGUUAGAUGCAGGCUGCAGCUUGUACUAUGCCGAUGACGUUUGUUUUUCAAACAGACAUCAUCACAUUCUUAUCAGUUACACUUUAGGGGAGCUUCCCAUCACCCCCUGUUGCCAGGGGGUAUCUUUUAAGUUUGAGUCAGUCCAUUCAGAGGGGGAUGAGUAAGUUCAGGUACUGUGGAGCACUGGUGGGGCCACAGGGAGGAGAAUGAACACCUAUAGAACUAGUGAACAACCAUGCAAGUCUUCCCUGUCCUUGGUAUCACUGGCUACCUUUUUAAGUGUGCACCAGAGCCAUCCACUCCAGUGGUUAAUAAGUUAUGACUUCUCUUCAGAUUCUUACCCAAUAGUGUACUUAUUGUGGUCAGGUCUUCUGAUGAUAAGAAGCUAGCCUUCAUCCUGGGGAGCAUGCAGGAAUUCCAAGGCUAAGCAGAAGCAAGGACUGACUUUCCUAGAUCUACAUUCAAAUGGACUGCUACUGUUGUGUCUCAAAGCUACCAGUUUGUGCAAUAAGUGGAAGGGAUGCCACUCCUGAUCAAUAAUUGCUGAAUGACAUUCAAGUUCAUUUUGUAGACCACUGAGAAAAUCUUUAUUUACAAUAAAUUUCAAUAAAAUUUGCAUAACUAUAUUCCCAA